AUGAAACUAAGCAUGAUUGCUAUUAUUGAACUCUUUGUAGCUGUCCAGGUCUUUGAAAGAGGGAAUGUCGGUUCUUUUCGAACAACUUUUCAAGAAGAAGCGUGGAAGAGGUACAAUAAACGACUGCAAGAGGAGUAUGAGGAAGAGAUGGAGAGAGUGGAAAGAAUAAGGCGUAUGCAAGACGUGUUUAAUAGAGAAAGGAAUAAGUAUAGACGAAAUCCCUGGAAGGAAAAUGGUUCUGGUACACAUCAUCAGAAUUUCCAAAGAGAUGAUUGGUAUUGGAAGGCUGAACAAACCUUCAGAGACCAGUGGAAAAAUUACCCAAGGGAAAAUGGAAGCAUAAAUUGUUCAUUAUUAUCACACCACUACUCAGUUUUGGGUCUUGACAGGUUAUGUAAUGAUGACGAAAAUAUCAUUAAGAUGAGAGAACUUGGAGUCAUGAAGAGUAGGGAACACUGGUAUUAA